UCUAAAUAAAAUGUUGGUGCCAAUAUUGCAUUGUUGCCAUAUUUUCUUUUAUCUGUUUAAUUUUACAGGUGUUAGAGGCAGCCCAGCCCUUGGCAGCUGAGCAACUGCUAAUUUUACAAGAAAAUAAGAGUCUUCUGGAAAGAUUUCAGAGUAAGCAGACGCAUGCGUUGCUAUGUUUAAACAAUUUAGUCAGUUCCUUAGAUACAGAGGCCCUGGGAGGGUGCCAAAAACUAUAUACUGUGUGGCAGGGCCUCCUUCAGCUUUCCACAUCACAAAAAAGUAUAGAGGAAGAGGAAGUAUUAGAAGCAGUAACAGCAGCUAUGAGGGCCGUGAUACACAAACUAGCUGAGGCAGAUCCUUCCAAGUUUCAGGCAGUACAGCCGGUAGAUCUGCAGUUUAUGUAUGAAAUGUCUACCAAGUGCCAGUGGCCAGAGGUCAGGGUCAAUGCUAUACGUAUUGUAUCAACCAUAGGGGGUAUAUUGGCCCAGAAUACAAACCCACAUCCAUUGCUCAAGGAUAUAGGAGUAUUACUCUUAGAGGUUGUAUGUAAGGACUCUGAUUUAUGGGUGGUAGCUGAAUCUCUGGACUCUAUAUUUGAUGUGUUCGGAGAGGAUCAUGUUGACCCGGUGCUGAAAGAGAUAGGACUCGUUGAAAAACUUAAGACUGUUGCAUCUGCACUGAAAUCAAAGGUACAACAGAACAGGAAAACACUUGGAGAACAUUACCCCGUCAUCUCAACUGCUCGUACAAAUCUUGUGCGUUUUAUAAAAUACAAGGCAUCACAUAUAAAAUGACAUAUGCCUCAUUGUAGUUGGUGCUUAAACAUAAAUUAAUGUAACAGUCAGGAAAGUUUUGGUUGUAACCCGAGUAUGGUGUCAUUUUAUAGAUGCAUACAACUGGAGCAUUGAAGUAUGUGAAAAGUUAUGGGCUCAAAAAUUGAUGCAUGGUGUAAAACAUUUCAUCAUGUAUGGUCAAUAGAUAUGGUGUAAAACAUUUCAUCAUGUAUGGUCAAUAGAUAUGGUGUAAAACAUUUUAUUGUGUAUGGUCAAUAGAUAUGGUGUAAAAACAUUUCAUCGUGUAUGGUCAAUAAAUAUGGUGUAAAACAUUUCAUCUUGUAUGGUCAAUAGAUAUGGUGUAAAACAUUUCAUCGUGUAUGGUCAAUAGAUAUGCCUCCAUUUGCCUUGAAUUUCAUUUUGAUAAAAGAAGUGCUAAACCUCCCUAGAAAACAGUUUAUUUCAUAUUUGUAACUGUGGAUAUGGAGAAUCUGAGGCUGUUUUUAUAUUGUACAUGACAUUGUGUAGGCUUACAGUAAUCAUAGCUAGAAAUUAUGUGGUUAGCAUUAAUGUCUGAUAAAUUAUAUGUUUGGUCUUCCAAUUUUGAAAAGUUCUGAUUUAAUGAAAAUUGUUUUUACCCCUUAUAUUUAAGGGACUUUAAGAAAACAUUUCAUACACAUAAUUGUUUAUACAACUGGUAUAAGUUAGGAAUAUUUCAUGUUGGCAUAUGUUUAAGACUUUCUUUUUUAAGGGCAUUUUAACAAUUGUAUUUUAUAUGAACAUAUUUGUAUUCAAACAAAUAUUUUACUACAAUGAGGAAGCAUUUGUUAAGUAUUUGAGAAUGCUUCUUACUUUUUUGUUUUGUUCAAUUAUUGCUAACUGGGUUGCAUUUGUUUGUGCUGUUUUUUAAGACUCUUGCUGACUGGAGACAUAAUAUGAGCAGUACUGUUAUGAAAGUUAUUUUAAUUAAAAAGUGUAAAUGCUUUAAAAACUUCAAAAGCCAGUAUUGUUGAUUUAUGAAAUAGUUGAAAGUUAAUGAUGUUUUUAUCUAUAAUUAAAGAUACUAGUGAAUUAUAUUGAAAAUUUAAUUGUUGAAUGAAUACAAACCAAUUUGCACAGAACUUUUACAAUUUUCUUUGCCAGAUAUUGAAAAUAAAAAUGUGCAAUACAAGCAGA